UCAUGGUUUUUUCAGCCAUGAGAGUGUUCAGGUCAGUCAUUACAAGAUCGAGGAUAGGUUGUCUAAUAAGACAAGACUUAUCCAUCAUUUACAGUAUAUCAGCACCUCGAUUCUCAAAUUCUGAAGAAUCUGAGAAAUCGUGGGAGAUAUUAAGUCAUGAGGGACUUCUUCUUGAGGUUAAGAUUAACCUCGGAGGGAGUAAAAAAAGUUGCAGGUACCACAGGUUGACAUUCACCGCGAUGAAGAAAAGCCACUCGACAACAACGGAUCGUGCCACGAUGAUAAACCGACGCUUUCCAUUCAAGGAUGCCAUGUCUGAGUCUCAGUACACGGGGAGAUUGCGAAGAAAGUCUUCACCACCAGCAUUCCGAUUGGAGAUCCGCCAGCAGCCAGGAGAGGAUGACCAACAUAUUUCAAGA